CCAUAACUUGCCCGAGAUAUUCAACGUUCUGCAAGAUGUUGUAAGUUUUAUACUUUUAGUUUGUUUCAGGAGACCAAUAUGACACAACCCACACCUCAACAUUCGGUAUAUUCCAUAACUUGCCCGAGAUAUUCAACGUUCUGCAAGAUGUUCCAGAACUGAUGGACAUCCCUCAGGUGCAAGAGCUGCACGAGAAGAUGAAGAACAACCAGUUGGUCCAGUGGCCCAGGGAGACCGCAGAGGGCGCCCCUGAUCGUCGCCCUUUCAUCGUCAUCGAAGGGCAUCAAGGGAUCCGGAAAGUCAGCGACGGCCCGUCUGUUCACCCAGAAGCUGAAUGGUACCUACCUGCGCAGUCCACCCGACUACCUGGCAGGUAUCCGUGGUCUCAUGUCCAUGAAGCCACGACUGGUGCGAAGCGCUUAUCACAGCCUUAACAACUACCUGAUGGCUGAGCUGGUUAAGUCCAUCGUAAAGACUCGUCUAGUCGUCAUGGAUCAGUAUUGGCACGGUCUAACAGCAUUUGCCCUGGCCAAGUUGGCCGGUAUCCGCCAGAACCUACCCAUCCCCGGUUCUCCCAUCUACAACUUCCCUACAGACCUGCUGGUGCCGGACCUGUCCUUCUACAUCGCAGCCAAUGAUGAGAGGAGACUGUUCAAGCUGCCCGACACUGGCAAGCCUGCCACUUCCAGGAUCUUCCGAGAGUCGACAUACGAGGCGUACAGCCUGAUGGAUCUACCCAAGAUGAUAGCGAUAAAUGGUGACCGGGCGAGGGAGGAGGUGGAAAGUGAAAUGGUGCAGAUUGCACGGGAGCGUUUACAGGGUUUCAUAUAAAACUUACAUUUUGACACCGUA